AGGCACUCGACCACGAUGGCUGCGAGUGUCGAGGUUGUCAAGCCCCGCGGGCAAUACGACGAGGUGGUGGUGCAUCCUCUGGUGCUUCUCUCGGUGGUGGACCACUUCCGUCGCGUGGAGGAGGACGACUCCGAGGACAAACGCGUGGUUGGCGUGCUGCUUGGCGAGUACCGCAAGGGGCGGCUCGAUGUGACCAGCUCGUUCGCGGUGCCCUUCGAGGAGGACGAAAACGACGCGAGCAUCUGGUUCCUCGAUCACAGCUACCUGGAGAAGAUGUCCGGCAUGUUCCGCAGGAUCAACGCCAAGGAGAAGGUCGUCGGCUGGUACAGCACGGGCCCGAAGAUCCGGACGAACGACGUGGACAUCCACGAGCUCUUCACCGACUACCACCCCAACCCCGCCUUCGUCAUCGUGGACGUGAGGCCCGACAACGUGGGCAUCCCGACGAGCGCGUACCGGCUGGAGAAUGAGAUCCGCGACGACGGGACGCAGAAGGAGGAGAAGACCUUCGUGCACGUGCCGUCGUCCAUCGAGGCGUUCGAGGCGGAGGAGAUCGGCGUCGAACACCUGCUGCGCGACGUCAAGGACAACACCGUGAGCACGCUCGCCACGCAGGUUGCCGAGAAGAUCACGUCGCUGCAGGGCUUGGAGCGGCGCCUGGUGGAGAUCAAGAGGUACAUGGACCUGGUGGUGGACGGGACGCUGCCGGUGAACCACGAGAUCAUGGGCCUGCUCCAGGACUCGUUCAACCUCCUGCCCAACCUCAACCUCGAGGACUACGUCAAGGCGUUCGCGGUGAAGACGAACGACAUGAUGCUGGUCGUGUACCUGAGCUCGCUCAUCCGGUCCGUCGUCGCGCUUCACGACCUCAUCAACAACAAACGAGCGAUGAAGGAGGCGGAGCAGGCGGCGGAUGCGGCGGCGGCUGCCAAGGCGAACCCGAAGAAGGAAAAGGAGGGUCCGGAGACGGGUAAGGACAAGGAGGAGGAUAAGGAGAAUGCCAAGGCCAAGAAGUGACCGACUUGGCAGGGUGCGGGGCGAUUGACGACGCGUUGUAAACCGAGGCGAAUUGAUCCUUCGAGAUGA